AUGGAUUAAGGAGUAAAUCAUGGAUUUUCAUUGAGAAAGAUUUGUAAAUAACGACUUAAGGGUGUAUUUGUAUCUCUAAUUUAAACAAACCCUAAUGUCUAGAAUUAUUUUUUAAUCGUAGAUUAGAAGACAGUAAAAGUCUUUUCUGCUUAUAUGAAAAUGGCUGAGUAAAUUAAACUUUGAAAGCUUAGAUUAAUGGAAUUAGGAGUAUGUGCAGUUGAAAAAUUGGAAUUAGGUAGAAAGCCAUUUCUAAAAGAUUCAUGCUAAUUAUUUUAUUUCUCCAACUUAGGAUUCAAUAUGGAAAGUAUUAGAUGAUUUUAAAGAUAAAAAAAAUCCAUAAUAUGGUGUUGUGCAUUUAUUUUUAUCAAAUGAAAAUAGAUUAAGCUUUAAUGUAAAAAUUGCUUAAUGUACAGAAUGUAUAUAUAAAUUUAGGUAAUUAAUUAAUAACAAAAAUUGCCUCAUUCAAAAUAGUGAAUUUAGAUUUUUCUUGUACAUCUGAUUAAGUAUUCACAAUAGAAACCCCUCAAAUUCUGAAAAAGGCAUUUACUUAAUAAAGUAAAUUAAUUAUUAAAUAUAUUUUAGAUGAGUAAUAAUUAUUGAAAGAUGUUUCAUAUAAAUUGGCUACAUUGCUAAUUUCAUUAAUAAAUUUUAUAGUUUUGAAUUUUUAUAUCAUUAAGCAGGAAAAAGAAGCAGGAAAAAUAACUGUUAUGAUAAUAGAUAGAUCAUAUGAUAUAGCUACACCAUUAUUGCAUGAUUUUUAUUAUCAAUCUAUGAUUUAUGAUUUAUAGGAUAUAACAAAUGAUAUAUAUGAAAAUGAAGUUGAAACUAAUGGAAAAUAAAUUAAAUAGAAAGUCAUAUUUAAUAAAAAUGAUGAUUUAUUCAAUAACUAUAAGUAAAUAAAUUAUAUAUAAUCCAAGAUACAGACAUAUAAUUCAAGUUUUAGAUGGAAUUCCUGUAGAAUUUAAAGAAUUCAUACAUAACAAUACUACAGCUAAGGUUCAUUAAGGAUAAAUGAAUAAUUUAGAUUUGAACUAAAUGUCAGAAAUUGUUAAGACAUACAUUAAUAUAAUGAAUUAUUAGGAAAAUACACCUUACAUAUGGUAUUAAGAAUAUUAAAUAUUUAUUAAAGAAACUAAUUGAAAAGAGUUGGGCAAUCUUUGAAAAUAAAGGUCUCAAAGAAAUUGCUGAAAUUGAAUAAAGUUUAGUAACUGGUAUAGAUGAUGCUGGUAAAAGUAUUUCAACUACAAAAAUAUAAAGUUCAGUUACAACUAAAUUAAGGAUUGAAACAUUAGAUGAAUAUGAUAAAUUAAGAUUAAUUUUAUUAAGUAAUUUAGUAUUAUUAUUUAGCAUCAAUUGGGUUGGAAAUGUCAGAAAAAGAUAGAAAAAUAUUAACAGAUGAAAUAAAAGUUGAACAUUAAUAAGCUAUUUUUAAUUUGAUAUAUUUAGGUGUUAAUCCUUAAAAAGGAGGUUAAAAAACAGUAUAUUUUAUUAAAAUUAAUAUUUAGUCGAAAUCAUCAAAUAGAAUAAAUGAUGACUUAAAAAAAUAAGCUAAACACAAAUAAGCAAGUGCUUGUUCUGAAUUUUCGAGAAAUAUUCCUUUGCUUGAAACAUUAGUUGAAAGUUAUAUUGAAUCUAAUUACAAAAAACCAUAGAAAUUUGAUUCUUUGAUUAUAAAUGAAGAUGGUAUAGGUAGUAAAGGUAGUGGUAAAUUAAAUAGAAAAGGAGGACAAUCAGCUAGAAUGAUGAUGAUAGUGAUGAAACUAUUAAUUGCACUUCUAAAUUGGUAAACUAUUUUAUUAUUAAAUAUAUAAAUUAUUUUUAUCGUUGGAGGUAUUAGUUACUCUGAAAUAAGAAGUUUACUAAGUUACUAAAAAAUUACUAGUUCACAAAUUACUGUAAAAUAAUUCAUAAUUAUAAAAGUUGGUUGGUUCAACUAAUAUAGUGAAACCUAAAGACUUUUGUUAAGGAUUUUUAGAAAUGAAUACUCUUUGA